AUGGAGCCAGUGGACGAUUCGGAAGCUCCAAGCGAAUCCUUGCAUACCGUUCCCAUUUAUCAAUUGGACGCGUCUUCCUCCGACAGUGAAACCGAUGACCCGGCACGCAUUGCAAGUACUGUGGGACCCAUGCUACAGCCAGGUCAACCUUAUAGAGUUCCAGUGAUACCUCCACAACGCUCGUACACAGCUCCGCUCCCACGUCAUGAGCGGCAACCGUCGGAAUUAUCAAUGGCUGCGGAAUCAAUACAGACAAGACCGAGUGUUGAUGAAGACCUGUUUGCUGAAGAAAGUACCAGUGAAGAGGAAGAAACUCAAACAACUAGAAUAGAUAUUCCUUCGGGCCCAGUAUUGGUCGCAAGUCCCACUCCACCUUAUGAAACCCGGAGUACGAGGGAUGUCCCGGAAAUCCCCGAAAGAGUUGGUCUUUCGCCCACCAGGCUGAGUGAACCUCGGCAUGAAUUGACACGUGAGAAUGUGGAAAAAGGAAUACACCAAAAAAGUCCGGAGCAACUACAAGUUCCAAAAGGAUAUGUACCAAAGGAGGGUGUCAAAACGCCAGAGAAACAAUCAUUCAGGGAUCGAGAAAGAGAACAACGUAGAUCAAGAGAUGAAUCAUACCACCAUCAUCGUGAGUCCUCCGACCUCUUACCAUUGACUCUUGUCUCCGGUGGAGGUGGAGGUGGGUUAUCAUUCUCAACUCAUUACGCUUUUCUUUCUCCUCCGUUUGGCCUGGUUCUAUCUCGUAUCCAAAUCUUGGCGCGAGUCACGUGGUUCUCCCAACUGGUAAUAUUCAACAUCGUCUAUGCAUGUUACAAGUUAAGUGAGGGAUCUUCGACAUCUAAUGGUACGACUACUACUGACGGAAAGAACUACGCGUCCAAUCUCAUUGGAUUGGUGAUUUUACCAAUACUUUUUUUUAUUCUAUACGUCAUAUUUGUAACGGGAUGGACAUACACAGAUCUUAGGAGCAAAGGAUUUGAUCCAACAUUCACUGUUAUAUAUUUUUCACCGUUGAUGUUCUUUGCGUUAUUUUUCGAGGAGAAAAAGCGUGUCGAUGCCUCCAAAUUUCAUGAGGUCAAUUAUGGCGCGAAAUGGUGGCGAAUCGGAACCAGCAGUGUCAGGGAAAGUAUUAUCAUGACCAUUUACUGCUUAUUCGUGGUCGCAUUCGUCAUAUCUGAUCUCGUCGGUAGGGCAUUGAAUCAACCUAAUGCACAAGUUUCAAAAGUAUUCGAUGAUUUUGUACCCUUCCUUUUCAUACUGGUGGUAUUCAUACUGGGAUUCAUAACGUCCAUCUGGGUAGUUGUAGAAGCACUUGUAGAUGGUACUAUGUAUGGUAUUGGGGAGGGACGGAAGAGGCUGGUCGGUGUGGCACCAAAUGCUUUCAAGGCCAAGAGAUGA